CCGAUCCCGGAAUAGUUUCGUCGGUUGCUCGUUGAAGUUCUUCGCGCGGCUGUUGCACGGGCCAGUUUUCACUUGUUGCGAGCGUGUUCGUUCACGAAUUCCGUCAUCGUUCUGGUAAUUCCAACCGUCGCGUAAUUUAAUUUUUCUUGGCGGCUCCCGCCUGUGUAUCGAUCGAGAAUAAAGAGGAAGUAUCGAUAGUACAAUAAAAAGUAUCGAAUUUCUCUUGAAUCUCUUCGGUUCAUUCGUUGACACGAUCGUUCAACCUGGAAGCCGAUACGGAGAACGCGGGGAUGGAUGUGACGGACGUCCUCGGUCCUGACGCCCCGUCGGCGAACGAUAAGGAUGUUGUAAACAACGACAACAAUAAUGGCAACAACGAGGACGAUGAAGCGCCCACUGUGGAGGAGACGUACGAGGUCACCACUACCAAACGCAAGACCGUUCGGACAAGCUACAAGAUCCAAGAAACUUCUUCAUCGACCAAAACUACCACUAUGACAACUGCAGCAAAGCUGUAUGGCAAGGAUUUGAGUGAAUACGAUGAUGUGGAUGUGGACGAUUUGUUGGCACAACUCACCCCAGAAGAAAUUAAUAUAUUAGCAAAGGAAGUGGAUCCUGAUGAUAGCUUUAUGCCACCAUCACAACGUUGUAGCUAUGAAUGUGACAAGAGUCCUACAGGACCGCUAAAUCGCAAGAAACUUAUUGAACACAUCAACAAACAAGCUUUAGAGACACCAGAUAGACCAGAAUUAAAACCUUAUGUACCUGGUGUAAUAAGAGGGAAAAAGUGGGUUCCUCCUCCUCAAGAAACUGCAAAAGAAAAAGAAGCAGAUGAGCAAAUUGCUAUUGAUCUUGGAGAAGAAUAUGAGCAAGCAUUGUCUAAUGCUACUCAAGAAGAAAUUAUUGAUCUUGCUGCUAUUCUUGGAUUUCAUUCCAUGAUGAAUCAAGAUCAGUAUCAUGCUUCCCUAUUAAAUUCUGGCCAACCCGUUGGUUUGGGUUGGGAUGGUGUAACGAAAGCUAGUCAACCAAAACCUUAUCCAAUGGAACCACCUAAUGAUACAGACGUUGACGCCACUAUUAAGCAAGUGCGAGAAGAUGAUACUUCGCUAAUUGAUUUAAAUUGGAAUAACAUUAAAAAUAUAUCUGACGAAAAGUUUAUCCAACUAUUUGAAGGACUGGAGAUAAAUACACAUCUCGAAUCCUUAAGUUUAACGAAUGUGGGACUCACUGAUAAGACUGCACAAAGGUUGGCAGAUGCCUUAGAGAAAAAUUCUACGCUCAGAGUACUCAAUGUGGAAACAAACUUUAUAAGCCCAGCUGUGAUAGUGAGGCUCAUCAGGGCACUCCUUAAAACGAAGUCAAUAGAAGAAUUUCGAUGUUCGAAUCAGAGGUCACAGGUGUUGGGAAAUAAAAUUGAGAUGGAAAUUACACAAUUGGUGGAACAAAAUCCGACAUUGCUCCGACUUGGUCUUCAUUUGGAGUUUAACGAUGCUAGACAUCGCGUGGCCGCACAUUUACAACGCAACAUUGAUAGGAAUCGUCUACACCGCACGGGAAGGUCUUCCCGCAAUUAUACCAUCGGCUGGGCCGUACGUCGAUGAUGAUGAUCACCAACGUUCACGAAUCUCGACAAGGACGACCUUUCAUGGCGACCAAGACGCUUUGAGUAAUCUGUCAGCGACCAUUUAUUGUAUUAACCGGAUCAAUUUGGUAUUUAGAAUAAGACAGAAGUUUUAAAUUAUAUGAUUUUCGAAAGAAUGCAGUUUAGACGAAUGACAAUUCAUUUUUAAGUUCAUUCGAUUGCGAUUGGGGGAUGAUCAACCCUUAACUGCUACGUAAGACAACGCGAUAUUUCGAAUGUUAUAAAUAUCGUCGUAAUUUUGUUUUCAAGUAACAAUUGAUACUGAGUGUCGCUAACCUUCGGUUACUAAUUUAUUAAUAAUUACAAACCGUGUAACAUUAAAGCUACGAUAUUUUUACAUUAUUUACGAUAUUACAACGUUAUAUUUACGAUGUCGAUUAAUUAAAAAUAUUACGACAUUGGAUUUUAUAUUUACUUAUAGCCUAUAAGAAUAUAAAAUUUAAAUUUUUAUUGCAGAGCAGUUCACAACCAGCGAACUCGCGUGAGUUUCUAUUUCAAUGUAGCAGUUAUGGGUUAAAUGUAAUAGCUUCUCAGUGAAAUCUAGAAUAGCGGAUAGUUUGGAAUAAUUUAAGUUGCUUUCAAAGCGUUGCGAAGCAUCGAUCUGUUUUUAAAAUGGAUCACUUCUGGUUGCAUUUGAGAUAUUUAAAAUUAUCGAAAAGAAAGUCACACAAGUGACGGAGAACUUCUCUAAUUUUCCAGGACUUUUGCUUUAGUUCUUGGAAGAAAAUUCUCUCAACGUUUCUACAUUCAAAUUGUGCUUUUACAUUCGAUUCAUCAACCAUUUGAAAAGUUUACGGAUCUGGAAAUUGUAGAACCUCGAAAGUUUAAACCUCGUCCUUUAACUAACGAGAAAGAAGAUAUUGGAAAUCUGGAAUCUUCCAGAUUUCAUAUAAGUCCGAAUUUCUAAAGAAUCUUAAAAGAACGCGAGUGAAAAAAUGUUCAAUAGACACGCACAGAUUGAAAGUAACGAAGCUUCAGUGCCGAAAGCUUCCGUGCGUUUCAGCUUCUUUUUUUUUCUUCGAGAAUUUCUCGACCAUCUGGAAAUACUACUGUCGUUCGAGAUCACUUAGCGUUCAUAGCUAAAACAGAUACAAAUUUUCAAAGAAGAUAUAUUCAAUUCUUGGACUGCUUCGUGAUUUAGUAAUACUAAAACGAAAAACGUAGAAGGAAACUUUUCAGGAUUCUAAAUUGAAAAUGAUCCAGAUCUUAUAUCAAUUUGACACGUUGAUAAAUAUAAAAAAGGUGACAUAUAUUCUACAUAUUUUUUAUUUACUUAAUCGUUUCUUUUUCUCUUCGAUUAACUUAAAAUAGGAAAUCGUUGUAACGAGAAAAACUCAUAUCUUUUAACUCGCUUAGAACUCACUUGGUUAAGAUUCGAUUGUAUUUAAAAAUGCCAAUCGUAUUUCUCAAGAAACGGUUCGAGCGAAUUUUCUUAUUAUUAUACUUGAGUUCGGUACUGAUUAUGUGUUCUUACAAUAAUUAAUUAUACUAACAAGCAACAAAUGAGACAAAAACAGGAACGUUUUUCACCUAUAUCGAUUCGAAAUAGAGGUGUGAUAUCAGAACCGAACGUUAAAACCACAUGAAAAAAUAAAAGAGAGAAAAAAAAGAAAAGAUUAAGAAACACAAUUCGAUGCUUCCUAUCGCUAUCGAUCGAAUUCGAUCUCGUCGAUUACUUCUCUGGUGGUUCUCGCGAUAAAGGGGUUCCGCGGUUUUGGUUUCGAAAGCAGCCUAGCCGUUCCGGCGACGCUUCCGGUUUCCCUUCCCAGCGCAUUCAGAGCUCCCGGAAGUGUCUCGUUUUCCCAACCGGAUGCCACGGAACCCGCUGAAUCGCACCUGACCACUUCCUGCGUCCAAUACCCUUUAUCGUCCCUCUUCGCAGGUCAACGAAUUUCAACGUCGUCCCCAGACUCUACGAUCGUCUCCCUCCCCCCUCUAUCUCUCCCUUCUAUUUUAUUUUUAUUUCGCAUCGUUUCGAUGGAAGUUUUGUCAAAUUUACUUCGUAAAUUCCAAUACCAUCGACGGUCAACAUAAAUCGAGCGCACAGUCGUUUCGUUCCCGUUUUCGAAUUUUAUUUCACCGAUUUCAUCCGAACGCUCGAAAGUUGCGCGGAUAGAAUCGAUGAAAUUUUUUUUCGCGUCACAUGCCAGUUUUCACGAACUUUAACGGCGGAAAUUUCACACGAGUUUCGCCGCUGGAAGAAUUCCACUUUUACUCUCUCGGCGAAGAGACUACCGUAACACGUUGCUCUUACCGUUCACGUUUAGCCCGCGUUAUUUCUGUUUUGCUAGCGUACAACUUCAUUUUUGAUCAUUUGCUUAAAACAAAUCAAGAAGGUUUCGUACGACGCUACCUACGUUCGCUGUAAAAUUGAUUUUUCAAGUAAAUGCUUCCGCGUGAAACGAUCGCACUCGACGUCGCGCCGUUCGGAUGAAACUGAAUCGUGUUCGUCCGUGAAAUUCAAUUGCUUCUCGUUCUAUUAGAUUGGUGUAUAUGAAAUGUAGUUUCUUCGAACGCGAAACUUUAACCAGCCGAAGAUUUUUUCAAAACGUCGAAUAUAAAGUAACGUCCCAUUGAUCUUUUUCGGAAGCUUUUCUUAACCACAGAUUUAUAAAAAUUAUCACCUGUUAAAGAAUUCCCUCGUGUAGAAAAAUGUCUCUUCUUCGAACGCUAAAUUUACGUUCUCAGCGACGUUCGUGACAACUCUCCAAAUUUAAUCUCAUGAAAUUAUACAAGUUAUUCCAAUUAUUCACGAUGAUAUCGAUCCAUCAAAAUCGAAUUCGAAUCUCGUGCAGACGUUUUAUACGCGUCAGUCUAGUAAUUCUUCUGCUAAAAAUUUUGUUAAAAAUCUUCUAUUCGCCCGGUUUUAGAGAAACGAUAUUUUACAUGCGUCGAGCUAAUAAUUUCCUUUUGUUUCGCUAUUUUGUAAAAAAUCGUCUAACAAAAGACUCUAGCGAAUCUCGAUUUUCUUUCACAUUUUUCCUCUUAAGUGAUCAACGAGAGGGACUUGUGUGCGUAUAACUUGUUUUUUUUUUUUUUUUUUUUUUAACGUUCCUGUUGAAACACUUGAAACGGAGCGAUGUUAUGUCACUUGGGCCGCGUGAUCGGAAGAGCGUCGAGUGUUGCACCCUCAAAAGUUCGGUGAAACGAGUCGCCUUUGACGUAACGUUCAUUCGUCGACACUCGAAAUCAUCCUGAAAAUCGUCCUCGCUCGUAAGUAGCUGUCAGAGUAUCAAGAACGAUCGUUUCUACGAGAAGCGAACGAAACUAAUAUCUGAAGAAGUUAAAUGGCGUCUCCGACGUGGAAGAUUAGUUCUUGGCUAGUUUCGAUGGCUGCCCCGCGUUGUGAUACAAUUUUAAAGCGAUAACAUUCGGUAGAAAUUUAGGCGGAUUUUGUUGAAAAAUAUAUGGGGUGGAUUGUUGCUAUCAAACGAAACACCUUGUUUCUUUGAGAUUUUAAUUUUUGAGACGAUAAUAUGAAUGAAAACAGUUAGAAUGAUAUAUUAGUAUAUAAAUAUCGUACAGUAGAUAUUUUAUACCGUUACAUGAACUUGUCUUAUUUCAAUUAAUACCGUGUACAACAACUGAGAUUAACAUUCAUAUGCUUUCUAUUUAAUUUCUAUUAAUAAGAAACUUUACAAGUCACAAGGUAUUGAUAAAUAUUCUUGCGUAACAUCAACAAGUUUGGUAACGAAAAGUAUGAAACUUGACAACCAAAUUUUCCACGUAUAUUCGUGAAUCGAUCUACUUAACGAAAAAUUAUAAAAAUUUGUAACAUGUAAGUUUAGCGAUAAUAUUAACUGGUAAAUUAUUGUGCAAGAGGAUGUUGGACUAGCAAAUUAUUCGUUCCACGUUCUUCUCUUAUCCUUGCAGCGAUAAAGCUUAUUCUCUGUACACCAAAAUUUCUAUUCUGUAUUUCACGGUUCUGUAUCGUCGAGCCAACUCGAUGGACGAUUAAAUUCCAAGUAAAAUCGAUUCUAAACCCCUGCAAAAUUACACGAGAGUUAACUGAAGAUAAUAUUAGAAGAAAUUUCAAGCUGCGACUUGGACUAUCCUUCUGAUGCUACGACGGUAACAGGCUGUGCCACGUAACAACCGCUUUAAACGAAUCUUUCCGCCAUAUUAACCGGUCGGAGGUCGCCUGGAUUUCCCGUGAAAUAUCAUUUUUAGCCGGUGACCGCCGUGGGCGGGCAUUCGAGGAACGGCUGACCAGGACUCUUUUCGUGCGGUCGUGUCGAAUAUUGUCUGUAAUCGAGAGAACGUUCCUGAGAGAAUGAGAUCGACCGAAUGGGUGGGAGUGAAUGUAAUAUACGAGUCGUUUCUGUCGCCUCUCGUCGUUUCGAACGCGUGCAGUCCUUGCGCUGGAGACACACCGUGGUAAACCCCAGAGCGGUUUUGUCGCAUCGCGAGAUGUAAGAAAUUUGCCAGUAAUAUUAAUAUAUUACCACACUUCUCCUAAUGGUAGAUCGUAUGCUUCGUGGAAAGUUUCGUCGAACUUGGAAAAGGAACGGCUGGUAGAAAUUCUUGGUUAGCGAAAACCGUAGUUGUGGAAUAAACAGAUUCUUCGACGACGGCUUUGGUGAAUAACUCUUUUAUAUCAUUGUAUUUGUCAGUUUGAAACUAUACAAAAAUUGAGAAACUGUUUCGUAUUGAAACUGUGAAUUGGUUUUUAGAAACACCAGCAUUGAUUGAAGAUUUUUCUUUUACUUUGACCAGACGUCCUUCUUUUUCAAAAGUCUUGUAAUCCAUCAAUGACACUGUAAAUUAACAAUAAGUAAAUUAUCUUUAGAAAAUUCGACCAAACUUUCCUCUAUAUGCGAGUUGAAGAACGAUCGGAGAUGAUCGUUUCUUGGAAAAAUAAAAAGAGACAAAAGAAAGGUGGAGGAGAAGUCCCUUUCGUGAUUCGUUAUGUUUCUAUUAUAUUCAGGUUUCCGAUCAGCGAAAUAGCUUCUCAUCUCCGAUCGUUGCACACGCGGUAUUCGUUAAGGUACUAAUGAAACUAUUAUUCUAAUUAAUGAUUAGCAUCGAUACGAUAUCAGUCUGUACAUAUUGUCUUCGCUGUCAUUUCUUAUACUUCGUCGUGACUUGUAAAUGCAGUAGAGAACGAAUGAAUCGCGUGUAUGAUCCACUUUUGCAAGAAAUUCGCUCGCACGAGCGAAGAAUGAACGACGUAUAGAAAACCAAGUGAGAAUCCGACGCGUUUAACCUCUUGAGGGAAAUGACGUUAUUUAACAUUAUCUGUCUCGUUGGAUAUCUGAAUGCAGUUGUUGAGAAGUAAGAAAUAUUCAUUCGUCUCCUGUCUUUUUCUUUUAUUAGAUUCAUCCCUGAAGAGGUUAAUGGAUAUAGAAAAAUAAAAGUAAAGAUGAGACAUUUUAACGAGCGUAACGUAUGUUUAUCGCUUGUCUCGAUGUUAGAAAUAGAAAUAAUUGAUUAAGAAAAAUGACGGUAUAGUCAUUUGUCUCGCUCGCGGCCUUUCGAAUACGCCUCCUUCUUUGUAAUUCACGUAUUUGCAUACACACUCCGGCACACGAUACGCAUAUUGCAUCCAUGUACGAAACUAAAAUGCACGCGCACGAUCGAAAAGCCUUGCUGCUAGCCUUAUCUUGUAACACGAAGUAUGAAUAAAUCAUUGAAAACGUAAAAA